AAUGGUGACCUCACUGCUGUUCGUGUUUGAAUGCAUCCUGCAACAACGGUUUAUAAAGGUUAUGAGUAGACCUAUCGUAUCUGGUCACUCAGCGAUUUGUGCAUUUAUUUUGAUUUAUUCGCGAGUACAAUGGAUCUCGAAAAUCUUAAGUGCGAUAUACGCGAAGUACUCGAAAGUGAAGACAAUAUGAAUAUUCUUCUACAAAAAUGGAGAUUAUCAUGUCAAGAGUUUCGAUCACAUGUCGCUGUCAAGAUUGAAAAAAAACUUCUUUAUGAGGAAGACUGUGAUAAGAAGAAAUCUGUCAAAUAUGAAGAACUGUUAGAGAUACAAAAUGAAAUCAACAAAGUAAAAUUUGAUGUAGAUGCUAUUAUACAGCAACAGAAGAUAAGUGAUAAGAAAAUAUUGAAUAUAACAACGUUACAGAAGAGUUUAAAAGAUGAAUCAGAGAAUCUUAAAGUGCAAAGAGAUAAUUUUUUACUGAACAUAGUGGACAUAAAGCAAGAACAUGAACAAAAAAGGAAAAAAAAAUUUUCGAAAUGGAAUGCUAUAAAGCGUGGUUGUAACACGUACAAAUCGAACUUGAAUAUGUACUUAGAGCUCAAAGAAGAGCAAAAUGAUCAACAUGCAAAAAUUUCCUUUUUUAUAAACUCACUUAAUGAUGAACUCUCAAAUAAAUACUUUGCACAAUUAUUAUUCAGUAAUGGUCAAUGGAGUGUUGAACAAAUUGAACCAACGUUAAAGAAAGAGCAUUUAAACCAGUUAAUUAGUGUUGCAAUGGACAGUUCCGAACCAUCCAAAAUUUUGGAAAUUACAUUAUUUUUAUGCGAGUUACGAAGUAUAUUUCUAAAACAUUACAUGAAGAAGGAGACUGCAAAUCACAGUGCGGAUAAAUAACUUAGAUGCUAAAAUUAUAUAAACAAGUCUGAUUUGUCUUUUUAUAAGUAUAUAUAUGUACAUAAACUUAUACAUACGUGUAAAUGGUACCUAAAUACAUAUAGCGCUGCAACGUCUUGCAAACACA